AUGGAGGGAGCAGAGAUCACAGCAGAGAAGUCUCCUGGAGCCUAUUUCCUUCCUGAGUUUGCACUCUCCCCUCAGGGAAGUUUUCUGGAAGAUACAACAGGGGAGCAGUUUCUCACCUAUCGCUAUGACGACCAGACCUCAAGAAACACUCGUUCAGAUGAAGAGAAAGAUGGCAACUGGGACGCUUGGGGGGACUGGAGUGACUGCUCCCGGACUUGCGGAGGAGGAGCAUCAUAUUCUCUGCGGAGAUGUUUGACUGGGAGGAAUUGUGAAGGGCAGAAUAUUCGAUACAAGACAUGCAGCAAUCAUGACUGCCCUCCGGAUGCAGAGGACUUCCGAGCCCAGCAGUGCUCAGCCUACAAUGACGUCCAGUAUCAGGGGCGUUAUUAUGAAUGGCUUCCACGAUAUAAUGAUCCUGCGGCCCCCUGCGCGCUCAAGUGUCAUGCACGGGGUCAAAACUUGGUAGUGGAGCUGGCCCCCAAGGUACUGGAUGGAACUCGUUGCAACGCUGACUCCCUGGACAUGUGUAUCAAUGGCAUUUGUCAGGCAGUGGGCUGCAACCGGCAGCUGGGAAGUAACGCCAAGGAGGACAACUGUGGUGUCUGUGCUGGCGACGGCUCCACCUGCAGGCUCGUGCGGGGACAAUCGAAGUCACACGUUUCUCCUGAAAAAAGGGAAGAAAAUGUAAUUGCUGUUCCUUUGGGAAGUCGAAGUGUGAGAAUUACAGUGAAAGGACCUGCACAUCUCUUUAUUGAAUCAAAAACACUUCAAGGAAACAAAGGAGAACACAGCUUUAACAGCCCUGGAGUUUUUGUUGUAGAAAACACAACAGUUGAAUUUCAGAGGGGCUCAGAGCGGCAAACCUUCAAGAUUCCAGGACCUCUGAUGGCUGAUUUCAUCUUCAAGACCAGGUACCCUGUGGCCAAGGACAGCGUGGUCCAGUUCUUCUUUUACCAGCCGGUCAGUCAUCAGUGGAGACAAACUGACUUCUUUCCAUGCACUGUGACGUGUGGAGGAGGUUAUCAGCUCAAUUCUGCUGAAUGUGUGGAUAUCCGCUUGAAGAGGGUGGUGCCUGACCAUUAUUGCCAUUACUACCCUGAAAAUGUCAAACCAAAACCCAAACUGAAGGAAUGCAGCAUGGAUCCUUGCCCAUCAAGUGAUGGAUUUAAGGAGAUCAUGCCCUAUGACCACUUUCAACCUCUCCCUCGCUGGGAACAUAAUCCUUGGACCGCGUGUUCUGUGUCCUGUGGAGGCGGGAUUCAGAGGCGGAGCUUCGUGUGUGUGGAGGAGUCCAUGCAUGGAGAGACACUGCAGGUGGAAGAGUGGAAGUGCAUGUACGCGCCCAAGCCCAAGGUCAUGCAAACCUGCAAUCUAUUUGAUUGCCCGAAGUGGGUCGCCAUGGAGUGGUCUCAGUGCACAGUGACUUGUGGCCGAGGGUUACGCUACCGGGUUGUUCUGUGUAUCAACCAUCGUGGACAGCAUGUUGGCGGCUGCAAUCCACAACUCAAGUUACACAUCAAAGAAGAAUGUAUCAUUCCCAUCCCGUGUUAUAAACCAAAAGAAAAAAACCCAGUGGAAGCUAAAUUACCUUGGCUGAAACAAGCACAAGAACUAGAAGAGACCAGAAUAGCAACAGAAGAACCAACGUUCAUCCCAGAGCCCUGGUCAGCCUGCAGUACCACGUGUGGGCCAGGCGUCCAGGUCCGAGAGGUGAAGUGCCGUGUGCUCCUGACGUUCACGCAGACGGAGACUGAGCUGCCAGAGGAAGAGUGUGAAGGGCCCACGCUGCCCACUGAGCGGCCUUGCCUCCUCGAAGCGUGCGAGGAGAGCCCCGCCUCCCGCGAGCUGGACGUCUCUCUUCCCGAGAAGGACAGUGAGAUGAUUUAUGACUGGGAGUACGCUGGGUUUACCCCUUGCACAGCGACAUGUUUGGGAGGCCAUCAAGAAGCAAUAGCAGUGUGCUUACACAUCCAGACCCAGCAGACCGUCAAUGACACCUUGUGCGAUAUGGUCCACCGUCCGCCAGCAAUGAGCCAGGCUUGUAACACAGAGCCCUGCCCGCCCAGGUGGCACACGGGCUCUUGGGGGCCCUGCUCAGCUACCUGUGGUGUUGGAAUCCAGACCCGAGAUGUGUACUGCCUGCACCCCGGGGAAUCGCCCUCCCCUCCUGAGGAAUGCAGAGAGGGAAAACCCCAUGCCUUACAAGCAUGCAGUCAGUUUGAUUGUCCUCCCAGCUGGCACAUUGAAGAAUGGCAGCAGUGUUCCAGGACAUGUGGUGGGGGAACUCAGAAUCGAAGAGUCACCUGUCGGCAGCUGUUAACAGAUGGCAGCUUUUUGAAUCUCUCAGAUGAAUUGUGCCAAGGACCCAAGGCAUCUUCUCAUAAGUCCUGUGCCAGAACAGACUGUCCUCCACAUUUGACUGUGGGAGACUGGUCAAAGUGUUCUGUCACUUGUGGUGUUGGAACCCAGCGAAGAAAGCAGGUGUGUCAAAGGCUGACAGCCAAGGGCCAGCGCAUUCCUCUCAGUGACAGGAUGUGCAGGGAUCUUCCAGGGCCCCCUCUCGUCAGAUCUUGCCAGAUGCCUGUGUGCAGCAAGAUGAAACCAGAGGUGAAGACGAAGCUCGGUGAGCAGGGUCCUCAGAUUCUUGGUGUCCAGAGAGUCUACAUCCAGACGCGGGAAGAGAAGCGCAUUAACCUGACCGUCGGUAGCAGAGCCUAUUUGCUGCCCAACACAUCCGUGAUUAUUAAAUGCCCAGUGCGACGAUUCCAGAAAUCUCUGAUCCAGUGGGAGAAGGAUGGCCGUUGUCUGCAGAACUCCAAGCGACUUGGCAUCACCAAGUCAGGCUCCCUGAAAAUCCACAGUCUUGCAACCCCGGACAUUGGCAUGUACCGGUGCAUCGCAGGCCCUGCACAAGAAACAGUUGUUCUCAAGCUCAUUGGCACUGACAACCGUCUCCUUGCACCCCCAGCCCUCAGAGAGCACCUGAGGGAACACCCUGGGAUGGACCACAACGAAGCCAAUAGUUUGGGAGCCACAUGGCAUAAAAUGAGGCAAAUGUGGAGUAACAAAAAUGAGCUUUAUCUGGAUGACAGGCAAGUUAAUAACCAGCCUUUCUUGAGAGCUCUGCUGGGCCCCUGCAGCAAUUCUGCAGGAAACACCAACUUCUGGGAGUUUAAGAAUAAGCAGUUCGAAGCAGCUGUUAAACAGGGAGCAUACAGCAUGGAUACUGCCCAGUUUGAUGAACUGAUCAGAAACAUGAGUCAACUCAUGGAAACCGGAGAGGUCAGUGACGACCUUGCGUCCCAGGUGAUCUAUCAGCUGGUGGCCGAGUUAGCUAAGGCACAGCUGGCACACACGCAGUGGAGGGGCAUCCAGGAAGAGGUGCCUCCUGCAGCUCAGCUAAGGGGGGAAACAGGAAGCGUGCUGCAAAGCUCAAAGUCGAAAAACUCGGGCAAGCUGACAUUCAAGCCAAAGGGACCCAUUCUCGUGAGGCAAAGCCAACCCACCCCAAUUUCAUUUAAUAAAACAGUAAAUUCAAGGAUUGGAAAUACAGUAUAUAUUACGAAAAGGACAGAGGUCGUCAAUAUACUGUGUGAGCUUGUUACCCCCAGUGAGGCCACAUACACAUGGACCAAGAAUGGAGCAUUGUUACAACCCUCAGGAAAAAUAAUUUUGGAUGGAAUGGGGAAAAUACAGAUACAGAAACCUACAAAGAAAGAGGAAGGUGUAUAUGAAUGCUCUGUGGCUAAUCAUCUUGGUUCAGAUGUGGAAAGUUCUCCUGUGCUGUAUGCAGAGGCGCCUGUCAUCUUGUCUAUUGAAAGAAAUAUUACCAGACCCGAGCACAACCAUCUGUCCAUUGUGGUUGGAGGCAUCGUGGAGGCAGCCCUGCGAGCCAACGUGACAAUCCAAUGUCCUGUAAAAGGUGUCCCUCAGCCUAAUAUAACUUGGUUGAAGAGAGGAGGAUCUCUGAGUGACAAUAUUUCCUUGCUUUUCAAUGGAUCCCUGUUGUUGCAGAACGUUUCCCUUGAAAAUGAAGGAACCUAUGUCUGCACAGCCACCAAUGCUCUUGGAAAGGCAAUGGCAACCUCUAUACUCCACUUACUAGAACAAAGACCAUCAGACAGUAAAAUUGUGUUUCCCAACGACCGUAAAAUGCAUAUGCUCCAGGCAUCCCUCACUGGAACCAACAGCAAUGACCCAACAGGAGAACCCCUACCUCCAGAGCCUUUCUGGGAGCUUGGCAACUGGACACAGUGUUCUGCCACCUGUGGCCACUUGGGAUCCCGUGUUCAGAGACCCCAGUGUGUGAUGGCCAAUGGGCAGGAAGUGAGUGAGGCCCUUUGUGAUCACCUCCAGAAGCCGCUGGCCGGGUUUCAGCCCUGUAACAUCCGGGACUGCCCCUCGAGGUGGUUCACUAGCACAUGGUCCAAGUGCUCUGUGUCUUGCGGUGAAGGAUCUCGCAGUCGGCAAGUGACGUGCAAGCGCACAAGAGCCGACGGAACUGUGCAGGUGAUGUCUCCAAGAGCAUGCGCCCCCAGAGACAGGCCUCUGGGGAGAAGACCAUGCACCAGUCAUCCGUGUGUUCAGUGGGUCAUUGAAGCAGGGGGCCAGUGUCCUGGACGUUGCCUGGGUCACCCUGUGAGGAAGCAGCAGCAUCACGUCGUUUGUCAGCACCACAACCGCUCUGGCUGUGAUGACAGCAGGCCCACCUUCAGGAGGAACUGCUCGUCAGGGGCGUGUGACGUGUGCUGGCGCACAGGCCCUUGGAGGCCCUGUACGGCAGCCUGUGGCAGGGGCUUCCAGUCUCGGAAAGUCGACUGCGUCCACACAAGGAGCUGCAGACCAGUGGCUGAGAGACACUGUGUGCAGAAAAAGAAACCCACUUCCUGGCGGCACUGUCUUGGGCCUUCCUGUGAUAGUACGUACCCCUCACAGACCUCUACAAACAAAGGUGCUGCCAGUCAUGUCAAGAAGGAUAAACCUUUGGAGGGGGUCCUAACGCUGCUGUGAAGAUAAAAUAAAAGUGUAAAAGCUCUUUUCCCCAUGUUCAAAAACAUGUAUUUCUUCAAAAACUCUAGAUUCUGCAAUCAGAGGUGGAUGCAAAAUCACCACUGUCGGAUUUUGUAGUGUCAUUUUCCCACGGCCAGUUGUC